AUGGCGGUUGGAAGAAGACUGGCAGCAGUGGGGAUAUUGGUAAUGGUAUUGAUGUUAAUAUUGGUGGAGGGUCAAGGGCCGACCCCGAUCCAAUGUUCCCAAGAGCAACAACAGGGCAUGAGUUUGUGCAAGCGUGUUAUAUUUGGGCUCAGCCCAUCACCCAAUUGUUGCGGAAUUAUAAGGGCGGGUCACUUUGAAUGUGCAUGUCCCGUCAUCGAUGCCAAGCUCGCGGCUCUUCUCAACGUCGAUAAUGCGUCCAAGCUCCUUCGUCAAUGCGGCCGAGCCGUCCCCAACAACUUCAAAUGUGGAAGUUUAUACUUUCCAUGA